AUGUCGCAGGAUGAUGUGACUCGGCCCGAGUCGGUCGAUGAAAAUGAGCGCACCCGCGCUGCCGAAGCAGACAAGAAGCCCAAGUCCCGCAGACCAGCCAAUACUGCUUUCCGACAGCAGCGAUUGAAGGCCUGGCAACCGAUCCUGACACCCAAAAGUGUCUUACCCUUAUUCUUCAUUGUCGGCGUUCUCUUCGCGCCCAUCGGUGGUGUUCUGAUCUGGGCCAGUUCCCAGGUUCAAGAGCUCGUACUCGACUACACCGACUGCGGAGCGCAAGCCCCUUCAACAUGGCAAAGUAUACCGCACCAGGUAUCCUACACCUUCAAAUCGAAGCCAAACACAACACCGUCAUGGAAAAAAUCCGUCUCAAAAGACAACGGCACUACAACCUGCUCCCUGAUGUUCGAAAUCCCCGAAUCAAUGGGCCCGCCCGUCUUCAUGUACUACCGCCUGACGAACUUCUACCAAAACCACCGACGCUACGUGCAAUCGCUCUCCCUGGACCAAUUGAAGGGCACAGCGGUGUCCAACUCCAGCAUUAAGGGCAGCACCUGUUCCCCGCUUGCCGUCGACGACAAGACCCAGAAAGCAAUUUACCCAUGUGGAUUAAUUGCGAACUCGAUGUUCAACGAUAGUAUUUCGGAACCCAAGCUCCUGUCCGGAGACCAGUCUUCGACUACUACGUACAGCAUGACGAAGAAGGGAAUCGCUUGGUCGAGUGAUAAGGAGUUGUAUAAGCAGACCAAAUACAGCCAGUACGACGUCGUCGCGCCGCCGAAUUGGGCCGAUCAAAAUUAUGAGAAGGAUGGUAUUCCGAACUUACAUGAGAAUGAGGAUUUCAUGGUUUGGAUGAGGACGGCGGGGUUACCUUCUUUUAGCAAGUUGUCGCGCAGGAAUGAUGAUACUGCUAUGGAGAAGGGGACUUAUCAAUUGGAUAUUACAGAUCGAUUCAAUGUGACCGAGUACUCCGGAACGAAGGCGAUUCUUCUCUCGACGCGCACCGUUAUUGGCGGGAAGAAUCCUUUCAUGGGAAUUGCUUAUGUUGUUGUGGGAGGAGUGUGUGUGCUUCUGGGGGCUUUGUUCACGAUUGCUUAUUUGGUUCGGCCUAGGAAACUGGGUGAUCACACCUACUUAACCUGGGAUACAACCGAUCAGCCCAGCACCGCAACGACCACCGGACGAGAUGAUCGAGGUGCACCCUAG